UCACUGGUAAUCAUGAAAACUCCGAUCGAAUCACAAGCUUUCAUUUAGGCUUUUUGAAAAUUUUAAAUUGCUUUCAAUAAGACCAAAUCGAAACAAUACUUUGACAUACAUUCAAAUAUAUUUAUUUAAACUGCCAUUAAUCCAAUUGAAGAGACUAUAUACGAAAAAUAUGAAACUGUGUUUUAUUAAUGUCGGUCUACGUUUGUGAGGAAAAUAUUUUUUAAACACCUUAUUGAAUAAAAGGUGAUAGCUUAAUAAUAUACAAAAAUACAGUAAGUGAUUCAAAUCAUCGUAUAGUGUAUUAACUCAACAAAGGAAGAAACAAUCUUUCAAACAAAAAACCAUGAUGAUCAAACAAUUUCAUCUGAUUUCAAAAUCGUGUAAUGUAAUUGAGUAUUGGUAGUUUUGAUAAGGCCUAUUUGUGAGUGCUGGUCAUCAAUAGAACAUUUUGUAACUAAUUCAUUUUCCAGUUAAUUUAUUCAACAUAUAUUCGACCAUUUAUAAACAUGCAUGGAAAUUAAACAAAUCAAAGUUACAGAUGCAUAGAAAAUGGUCAAGGGAGGACUUAGAAACUCUUAUGAGUCUGUCACUGUUGCCCCUUUUCAAAGACAUUCCCUAACUCAUUUUUUCCCCAUAUUAUUCAGUUAGAAUCUUCAAUGGCUGGUUGGCUUAACGCAUUAUCUUUAUGUAAUGUUUUGUUUUAUGAGACUUUAUGUUAACAUUAUUUAUCAUUAUUAUUGUGUUUUGAAGUUUCCAUUGGUUUUAGUUUACGUGGGUCAUUGGUUUUCAAUAAAGGUCAGUUUAAAAUUUGGUUUGAGUUGUUUUAAUGUGUGUGCAUAAUUAUGUUACAAUACAACAUCGUUCCAAAUUUAGAAUACUAUUAAACAAGACAGCAGGCGGUAAAUGGUGAAUUUUUGUAACAUUUAAAUAAUUAAACAAAUAUUGAAAACCUCACACAUAUUCAUAGGCCUAUUUAUGUCACAUUAGUGCCAACUUAGGCCUAUUACAUUAUAUACCUAAACUUUUUCCGGUAUCAAAUUACAUGCCUAUGAAAAGCGAUGUGGACGGUCUGAACACAUUUGUGUACAAUAUUAUAUUCAGGGUUUUAGUUAUUAGGCCAAUGCAGUUUUUACAAUGUAUAAUUUAAUUUAUUUGUAGCCUAUAUAAUUGUGAUUAAUUAUAUAUUAAAAACAAUCUUAGAUGUUAAUAAAAUCGAAUUUGAUUUCCAUUUAUUACGUAUGACAAUUAUUUUUCUUGCAAAAUUCACUAAUCGGAUGAGGUUUAAUUCAAAUGCCACAUUUCUUUUUAUUGUAAAGACGUGUUACACUUUCAGCCAGAGGCGUGAAAUUUGUCUGCAUUAACUUUAAGAAACCAACAAGCCCGCCGCACCAUAUGGGUAAAUGGACGAUUGAGUUUGCUAAUGAUUUCAAUUCCCCGUAGGCAUUCCUCUACUUUCUUCCUUGGCACUUGAUGACUUCCCAUACGCCGAGCGAGUUAAACUAUUGCAACAAAACAACCAUUUUAAAUCUUAUUUACUGGAAUAAUUCUACGAUGUUUGUGUUUUUUCAUCUCGCAGUUCCCUCCAGACGAUCGUAUCUUGUAUUUAAACGUCUCGUUACUUUUUAGCAUCGUCCUAUAACCACAGAUUUACUCCGGAAGCGGUCUCCGAAUUUUUCGCUCAUCAUGGAUCGUUAGUGCGCAUGUCCGAAUAAGCGAUCCGAAAGAGAAAAGUACAGUAAGCUGUCUUCUGGGGCCAGCCUUCAGCAGACUUUAAGUAUUUGUUGUAGAUACUAAACAGUGAAGCAACUAGAAGAGAUUAGGCGAGCGAAUGCUACGGGCAAGAUGACAUCGGCGAGCCAACUAUCACACAGAACACAGACCCACCUCAGUUCUUGCCGCUUCUACGAUUCUCCUCAAUAUAACGGAUUUGCGAACUAUGAUCAGUUUUACCAAGAUAAUGAUCAUUAUUCGUCAUACGCUAAGUAUCCAAAAAGUCCGCUGACGGACGAGUUGUACGAUAACGACGGAAACUGUGAAAAUGACGACGAAUGUUGGCAGCGUGAUGAGAAUCCUGACCAUGUGUUGAAUCCUGGUCAAGCGAGACAUGGACCACGCAGCUGUCUGCUAUGGGCCUGCAAAGCUUGUAAAAAACAGUCACACAGUUUGGACAAACGCCGCGCAGCGACGAUGCGGGAACGUCGGAGAUUAGGUAAGGUGAAUGCGGCAUUUGAAACAUUAAAACGACACACCUGUCCGAAUCCCGAUCAGCGAAUCCCAAAAGUUAUGAUACUACGACAUGCCAUUCAAUAUAUUGAUAGACUCCAAAUGAUCCUACACCAAAGCGAACAGCCCGAUUCAGAUACUGCGAGGGAAUCUCCUCUUCACAGGGGUGACGAUCACAGUCGGAAGAAUGGACACUGCCGAAUCAGGGGCAUAGAUGGUGACUGGACUUUUGAAAAUAACGGUAAUAAUAUUAAGAGUUGCAUUUAUUAAACAUUUUAUAGCUUG